UCACAACCCUGGCUCACCUACGAAAGCGGAUGCAGGUCGCUAUCGGGCACAUAACAUCCGCUAAUGCCGCGCCGCGGGCACGAUAUGCCCACUUCAGCUCGGUAUGCGAACGCAGUGUUCUAUCGACCGAUGUGGACGCCUUUUACACCACGCCGGGGCACCUCUAUCUGCGAGGCUCAACGGUCGCUCUUCAUAUGAUUUAAGAUUCUCGCGGAAGCCUGGCCCGCGAACUCUUC